AUGGCGGCAGUAGCGGCAGUAAUCACCACAUCAUUCGUACGUUCUCCUCCACCUUCACCAUCAUCGCAACCACAAUUGUCGCCAUCUACUACCGUACAAAAUGCUGCCACCAUAACCGCAACUGCUACCACAACUAUAAACUUUGGACCUGCUACUAGCGAUCAAAAAAAGAAUAUUGUUAAUGAUGUCUUGUUGUCGGAAUGUAUUAUGAAUACUGAUGAUAACGAUAAUGAUCAUAGUAAUAAUUUGCAAUCUGAUAGCGAUUCUGCAUCGGAAGUUGAUAGUUCAAAUUCGGUUCCUAUAACUCCAAUUGAUAUUUUUCCCUCAUCUGUCAUCUUUAACAACGACAACCGCAACAAUAAUAAUAACUCACCUUUGCCAUUAUUACCAAUAACAUAUACCACAUCCAUUACUACCGCAAUCAUUGAUGAUGAUAAUAGUAAUACAGUACCACAACGUUCGUUACACGAUAUAAUAAUUAAUGGUGGAACGAAAAGACUCUUUACAACUUUGGAAUCGGUCAUUGAAGCUCCCGCUGCUACAACUGUACCCACCACCGCUACAUCAAACUCUGCACCUUCUCCUCCCUCGUCAUCAUCUACUAAUAUUUCCGAAUCGACUUCAACCACCGCUUCUCCUCCCACCACCACCGCUACACUAUCAAAUAUCAACAACAACAACUGCAAUAAUGGUAAUGGAAGUGGAUACGACCUUUCGAACUUGUUGAUUCAGAAUGCCGUGCAAGCACUUUCUCAAAUAUCAGAUCCGAUCAUACCAGUCAACAUUACAUCAAACUUCACCACUAAUGUGAUGUUGAUGAUGAUGAAUGGUAAUUGCAACAACAACAAUUACACAAUCGAUCCAAAAAUCAUCACCACCACAAGACCUCCUCCAAUAGUUCCAAACAUCAUUACCAAUUUUAGUAAAAAUGCCAUUGACAAUAAUAAUAUUGUUAUUAAUUGCAAUGAUUUAAAUAACGAUCGUAGCUUUUCAAUUAUUAGCCCACCUUUGGAAACUCCAGAACUUGUGUCAAGCGGAUGUGAUAGUAGUGGUAGCAGUAACAAUAACGAUAAAAGAAAAAGAAAAUUGAGUAUUAUGUCUUCUUCUCGAAGAACCAAUGGCGGAGAUGAAAGAAAGAUGUUAAUGACGCUACGAUAUGGUGACAAAUUAUUAUCAUCCGUUUCAGGAAAAGUUAAGCCAACAACUGUAGUAGACAAUGUUAGUAAUGCCAAUAAUAAUAAUUCUGAUGGCCACGUUGAACAAAAGCAACUUGUUGUAAAAGUAUCAAAUAGCAAUAACAAGGGUAAUAAUAAGAAUGUUAUUAAUGGCAAGCAACAAAAAGUAACUGCAGCAGACCGAAAACAAAAGGCUAUAGACGACGAAGAUUAUGUCCCACCAACCGAGAAGAAAAUUAAGAAAAAAUCUGGUAGAAAGCCACGUAGCAGUAACAAAUCAAAGCGUAAUAAGAAGCAACCCAUGGUAAACUCUGGGUUGGCCACCUCUUCUUAUUCUUAUUCUUCCCCUUCCACCACCUCCACCACAGGUCACGUCACCAACAAUCAUACUGAGGGGGCCAAAAGAGUUGAAUGUCAAGCCCCUGUUAGUAACAAAAGAAUAAGCGUUGUUGUUAAUGAGUCCCAACAUGGUUUUGCUGCCGCUGACUUGCGCCAACAACCUUUGGCUCAGGCGGUAGCUAUAACUCCAAUUGAUAUUUUUCCCUCAUCUGUCAUCUUUAACAACGACAACCGCAACAAUAAUAAUAACUCACCUUUGCCAUUAUUACCAAUAACAUAUACCACAUCCAUUACUACCGCAAUCAUUGAUGAUGAUAAUAGUAAUACAGUACCACAACGUUCGUUACACGAUAUAAUAAUUAAUGGUGGAACGAAAAGACUCUUUACAACUUUGGAAUCGGUCAUUGAAGCUCCCGCUGCUACAACUGUACCCACCACCGCUACAUCAAACUCUGCACCUUCUCCUCCCUCGUCAUCAUCUACUAAUAUUUCCGAAUCGACUUCAACCACCGCUUCUCCUCCCACCACCACCGCUACACUAUCAAAUAUCAACAACAACAACUGCAAUAAUGGUAAUGGAAGUGGAUACGACCUUUCGAACUUGUUGAUUCAGAAUGCCGUGCAAGCACUUUCUCAAAUAUCAGAUCCGAUCAUACCAGUCAACAUUACAUCAAACUUCACCACUAAUGUGAUGUUGAUGAUGAUGAAUGGUAAUUGCAACAACAACAAUUACACAAUCGAUCCAAAAAUCAUCACCACCACAAGACCUCCUCCAAUAGUUCCAAACAUCAUUACCAAUUUUAGUAAAAAUGCCAUUGACAAUAAUAAUAUUGUUAUUAAUUGCAAUGAUUUAAAUAACGAUCGUAGCUUUUCAAUUAUUAGCCCACCUUUGGAAACUCCAGAACUUGUGUCAAGCGGAUGUGAUAGUAGUGGUAGCAGUAACAAUAACGAUAAAAGAAAAAGAAAAUUGAGUAUUAUGUCUUCUUCUCGAAGAACCAAUGGCGGAGAUGAAAGAAAGAUGUUAAUGACGCUACGAUAUGGUGACAAAUUAUUAUCAUCCGUUUCAGGAAAAGUUAAGCCAACAACUGUAGUAGACAAUGUUAGUAAUGCCAAUAAUAAUAAUUCUGAUGGCCACGUUGAACAAAAGCAACUUGUUGUAAAAGUAUCAAAUAGCAAUAACAAGGGUAAUAAUAAGAAUGUUAUUAAUGGCAAGCAACAAAAAGUAACUGCAGCAGACCGAAAACAAAAGGCUAUAGACGACGAAGAUUAUGUCCCACCAACCGAGAAGAAAAUUAAGAAAAAAUCUGGUAGAAAGCCACGUAGCAGUAACAAAUCAAAGCGUAAUAAGAAGCAACCCAUGGUAAACUCUGGGUUGGCCACCUCUUCUUAUUCUUAUUCUUCCCCUUCCACCACCUCCACCACAGGUCACGUCACCAACAAUCAUACUGAGGGGGCCAAAAGAGUUGAAUGUCAAGCCCCUGUUAGUAACAAAAGAAUAAGCGUUGUUGUUAAUGAGUCCCAACAUGGUUUUGCUGCCGCUGACUUGCGCCAACAACCUUUGGCUCAGGCGGUAGCUAGUGGAAUUGAUUGGUGUAGAUAUUGCGGAACCACUGAGGGAGUCAAUUGGCGACCUGGACCUUGGGGCAAGAGAACUCUAUGCAAGACCCCUCGAUUAGAUUUGAGUAGUUUUGCUAGCGAGAGCAUAGCAGACCGUAGACAGCCAGUCUUACAACUUUACUGCUGGGUUUGCUUCGAAAAUGAAUCAUACAAAGGGGAUCAUUUGAUUUCUUGCGGUGGAUGUCCCAAGGCAUAUCACCAGAGUUGCCUUGAGGUGCCUACCACCGAACAAGCCGUUGCUGGUGGUGCUGGUGCUUGGUAUUGUGGAGAAGGAUGCAAAAAUAAUUAUAACAAUAAAAAAAUCGUGGUGGAACUUCCACGUAAGAAAAUGCCCUUGAUGUUGGAUCCUAAAAAUCAAGGAGUGGAGGGUCCUGUGACUAGCGCAUCUCGUUCUCAAGCUUCUCGAAGAUCUUCAAGAGUAUAA